CUACUUGUACAAUACAUCCCUAAUAAAUCCAACCAUCCCCCACCAUAUUCUCUCUCUCUCUCUCUGGCUUCUUUCUCCACAGCUUUGUUCAUCUUCAUAAAUCAUAAUCUCCAUUCCUUUCUGUAGCCAAUUUUCUCGGAUCUGGCAAUCGACUAUUCUCGAGAAAAUGUCACUCGACGUCGCGUCUGAACAUGUUUGCUAUGUCAACUGCAACUUCUGCAACACCAUUUUAGCGGUUAGCGUUCCAAGCACUAGUUUGUACAACAUUGUAACGGUUAGAUGUGGCCAUUGUGCUAACUUGCUGUCUGUGAACAUGGGAGCUUUGAUUCAGUCACUUCCACUUCAAGAUAUUCAGUUGCAGAAUCACAAUUCUAGCACUGGUGAUUUGAGCAAGGAUUCUGGUUCUUCGUCCAAAUGCAACAAGGUUCCCAUGUUGGAUACUGCAGAGAAUGAGCAACCCCGAAUGCUUCCCAUACGCCCCCCAGAGAAGCGACAACGUGUUCCAUCUGCAUAUAACAGGUUUAUCAAGGAAGAGAUUCAAAGGAUAAAGGCCAGUAACCCUGACAUUAGCCACAGGGAAGCCUUUAGCACUGCAGCAAAAAAUUGGGCUCAUUUUCCUCACAUUCAUUUUGGGCUAACACUUGAUGGAAACAAGCAUGUACAACAACUUGAUGAAGCAAUUGCUGGGGAAGGGCCGAAAAAGACUCAAGGAUUCUACUAGACACAAUGUAUCUUGAAAAUAGAAGCAAGUGUUGGUAUAUCCUUUUUGAACUAAGACCCAGAGGAUCAUCAAGCCUCUCAUCCAAGGUAGGAACUGUGGAACCUCUAAACAUCUCUCGAGUUCUGUAUUUCAUCCUCCUAUUUCUUGUCCAUUUCCUUUAAGGUAUUAGUUUUCUUAUACUUGUGAUUUCCUUUUAUUAUGAACUUGAUAAUUAAGGUAAAAUAAUAAACAGUUGUACUAAUGCCACACUAAACUUGUUUAAGUUGAUAACCAAGGUUGAUCUGGUUAUAUAUGUUUACUUUUACAUGGUACCAUCAA